GGAUGCGGCAGGCCAGCUACUCCAACAUGUGGCCGAAAGCCUGCAGACUCCGCCUCCGGGGUGUCGCGUUUCCCCCUACCAUAAACUGGCCGUGCUUUCCCACCUUGAAGAGGAGGGCUCACUGUCAAGGAGGCCUCACCAGACCUGUGAAAAGGGCCGGCCCCAGCGCCUCAGCCCAGCAGUUGAGCAUCCAGCUCUAGCAAGCCAGUCCCAGAAAGCACCCGAGGACCCCGCAGGAGUGCGAGCGACGACGGGGGGGUCACAGAGGCGUCGCGUCCUCACGCCGUCAAGAGGGACUUCGUUGACUUUUUUCCAAGUGCCACCAUGGACCAGCCGGCCAGCAGCUGCAUGAGGAGCGCCCACCCCAGCAGCCCCAUCUGGGGGUGCAUGCGGAACCCUCACUCGGGCGUCCCAGGCGCCAACCUGCAGUCACCCUACCAGCAAGCCCCUUUUUCCCUGCACCAGAAGCCAGAGUUUCUGGCCUACACGGACUUCUCCGGCUCCUGUCUGUUGCCGCAUGCCGCUGCCUACCCCCGUGACGACAGGCUCUACCCGGACAGCCAGGGAGGCUACCAAAGGCCCGACUGGCACUUCAACCCAUGCGAAACGCGGGGUCGGGCCCUUGAGGCCUGCCCACCCGUGGUCGUCUCCGCCGCAGUGGGGGAGGGCGCGGGGUCCGAGCUGGACAGUGUGGGAGCCGAGCGACUGCCGGGGACCUUGCCUGGGUGCCCCGAGGGGGAAUACUCGCCUCAGAGCGUGGCAUCGGGCGACUCCGACAAGAAGAGCGGCGGCAAGAGGAAGAGAGAUGGCACAGACACACCGGAGUCAGGGUGCAAAGCCGACACUAACUGCAAGGCCCGCAAGGAGCGCACGGCCUUCACCAAAGAGCAGCUGAGGGAACUGGAGGCCGAGUUCACCCACCAUAACUACCUGACUCGGCUGCGCCGCUACGAGAUUGCAGUCAACCUGGACCUCACAGAAAGACAAGUGAAAGUUUGGUUCCAAAACCGGCGGAUGAAGUGGAAGCGGGUGAAAGGCGGACAGUCGUCGUCACCCAACGACCUGGAGAACGACGACAUGGACUCGGCCGCCUCACCCAGCUCUGACUGAGAGGCGGCAGAAAGAAAAAAAGAGAAGGCACCAAGACGGAACGCUGGUCAAGUCUGACCUCGCUACGAAGGAAUCCAACAAUUCCAAAGACUAUUUUUAAUUUGUGUUCCCAGGAAGAGAAGUAUGUGUGCUUUUCCAAUGUACAUAGUUGAUUGAUGUCCACCAUGAUCUCAGUUUUGUUUGUGAGCCAUCCAUCUUGAAUAUUGUGAGAAGCCUUCUGGAUGGGCAAGACUGGAUGUCAUCGCCAUCUUUGUCACGUGACUGCAACAAUCUGCAGAGACUCAAUAAAAAAAAGUGUUUGUUUUUC